AAAGGGGCACCAUUUCAAGCCGCUACCCGCUUCAGAGCUUCCUCCGUGAUUUUCCCGGUCGGCUUCAGGGCUUCAGGGUAGUUUAUCACGAUCCAAUAGCGUAUCACCGGCGCUGGUCAUUCAAGCUAGUUUUCGACUUGGCGUUCCGUAGUAUGGACGAAUGAAAUUUUCUGUUUCGAGCUAUCAGGAGUUUCUAUAAUGAGUGCAGGUGGUUCAUUUGGAGGGAAUAGAGGACUGAGACCAGUACCCCCAGAGAAAGGAGUCUUCCCUUUGGAUCAUAUGCACCUCUGCGACUUGGAGAAGAAAGAAUACCUCAAUUGUCUUAAAACCUCUGGUCACAAAUCUGAAAAAUGCAGACACUUAUCGAAAAAAUACCUUGAAUGCCGUAUGGAAAAGAAUUUAAUGGCAAAGCAAGACAUGACGGAACUGGGAUUUGGAAGUGUGAGCCAGGCCAAUUUGUCUGGCGAUAAAUUGGAACAACUCUAAAUUGUUCCUGGUCGAAGUUUUUAGUUAGUCGCUGGGUCAAGUCAUUAUUAACCAACCCUUCUUAUCCAUGAUUUGAAGGGACGGGACACUGAUUUUUCAUAAUGUAUUGUCCUCGAUCAAAAUACUAAUCUUGCAGGUUGUAGGUUUUAGUUUCUUCUUUAAAGAACAAUGUCUCAUUCAACGGCUUCCGUUAUCUUCUCUCGUGUAGUUUCAAAAGCUUUAUUUUUCUUCCAUUACUUGUAUACAUGCAAAUUUCUGAACAGUGCCAUUUUUGACCUUGUGUAAUAUCACUCACAUGUGUAAAUCAAAUUUGCAAUCUUCAGAGCAACAUUCAGCUA